AUGAAGCAGCGAACGACGUGGAAGUUCAGACAGCAGCGAAACAGUGUCGUGUUUCAAGUGGAUGGCGAAGACACAGAAGAUGAAAUGUACUUAAGAGCGACCAACGUCCCCUUGACUGACGAAAAGUACUGCCACAACAUUUUGGCCGACGCUCCGCCAGACGUGUUGAAUGGAAUUUUGGGCGCAACGUCUCCCAAGGGAUCGGACAGCUUUUGCUCGACAAUGACUGGCUUCAUGCUGCACACAUGCAGCUCGACGGUUCGGGCCAAAGUUCUCGACAUCAUUACGAACGAACGCUUGGUUGACGUCAACUUGGCAAAUCGCGGUAUCAUCAUUCGAGCCAUGCAGCAGCACCUUGUGUCUCCAUGGAACCGCCAGAAAGCCGAUUUCCAAAAGGCUGCGUUCAACGUGCUCAAAGGAACGUACGGGUCGGACCUAACACUCUUGAAGGAAGACAUCAACUCCGAUUUUGUCCCCUCCCUCGGUGGCUUCAAGGGCGGCGAUCUGCAUCAGCUCAUCUACGGCUGUCGAGACCUGACACAGGUGGUGUCCGUCGUGCAGCACAUUGCCGUGGAGGCGCUGAAAGUCGGCUCCUCUUCGAGCCAGCGCCCGUUGAUCAAGAUCAUGAGCGACAUCGACGACACCUUGUUUGCUGGCUGGGUGGACGCGCGAUAUCCUGGCCAUACUUUGUAUCCCGGCGUGACCAAGCUCUUUCAGUGCAUUUCUCGUGGCGUGAACUCUCGUGGUCCGUCUGUGACUUUCUUGACGGCUCGUCCUCGCGGGUGGUUCAGCUUUGGCCGCAACCUGACCGCCGACCGUCUCGUCAGCAUGGGACUUGCCAACCCGACGGUGCUCAAUGGCUCCGUGCGGACUGGCGUGAAUGCCAAGAAAAUUGCCGGACUCAAGCUCGACAACUUUGUGCGGUACACGACCCUCUUUCCCGAAUACAAGUUUGUGUUUUUUGGAGAUUCGGGUCAAGGGGAUGCGUUGCUGGCAUCUCAAAUGCGGGCCCUCUUUCCUGAUAAGGUGGUCGCAACUUUCAUCCACGACAUCGAUCCGGCGUCGCCCUUGACUGGCGACGGCGGGCUGAAAGCCGACUACUCAAAAAAUGGCGUCCACUUUUACAACAACUAUGCUGCGGCCGGCAUCCUCGCCUUUGAAAUGGGACUGAUCUCAAAGGAAGACGCGACGAGCGUCGUCCAGAGUUGCCAUGACGAGUUGGACUCGAUGACAUUCACGGGGCGGGACUCGACCACGAAGCAUGCCCAGCGAAAGGAAGAGCUGAACCUGGAGGCUGAUCGAUGGAGCCACGCUUUUCGCCCGACAACGUAA